UUUAUUUUCUCAAUUCUGCUCCUGACCAAACUUUGCGUCAAACUUUGGCGUAGGGUUAUGGUAAAACCUUUGUUAGCUGUGUAGGCUAAUUCUUUAAAUACAGCUACAAGUGCGGCAUGCUAACUAACCAAAACCUCAGCAUCAAGAUUAAAAUGAAACUAAUGAAGAAGGGCUGCGCGAUAUGGCCAUAAAAUUUGUAUCACGGUAUGAAUUGAAUCCCUUCACGGUAACAAUAUACUGUCUAUUGCGACAUAAAUGUAAGUGUAAAAAUUAUCAUGGAAGUAUUUCUGAAUGGGUUAUGUACUCCCUUAGCAAAACUAAAUUGAAAACUACAUCCUGUAUAUUUUAACUUUGAGAACAUUAAUUGGAACUUAACAUUAAACUAAUGACAUUACUGAUAUUAUAAAUAUGUAAUAUACUAUACCAGUAUAUACUUUUGACCUUAAAGGCUCCUCCUCUUGGCUGACGUAUGCAUGCGGUAACAUACUGAUUGAUUUACGGUUUUUGAGUGUGUCAUUUGUGACUUCGGUGUCGCUAGCUGUUGUAUUAUUUUCUCUCUAGACACGUAAUUUACAUGCUAAUUUGCUGCUCACAGUUGGUUACUCUCAGCAGACUUCUGUUAAAAGCGUACUUUACCACCUAAACACUAAUUACAAAACACUAAGUUAAAUGUUAAAAAAUGUAGCAAAAUGUACAGUUUUUCUUCAAUUUCGGAUGAAAUCCUGCUCGUGAGAACUGCGGAAAUGCCUCAUUGAUUUGUGCAAUGUGAUCGUCAUGUGAAUUUGAUUCAUUUGGAGUCAAGUUGCACAUGUGACGGGUAGAAAAAACGGCCAAAUUUGACUUGUAGAUGGCUCACUAUUGGCUAGUUAGUUGGAGUAUCUUGUUGUUUUCUGAGGGAAGACGAGUGUCACCGGGUUGACGGUUAUCGCGAGCGUGUAACUACGCCCUCUCCUGGACUCGGUUCUUUCGGUGCGUCCGACCCCCGCAGUGCUCUCGUCAGCAUUUUGCUGCACCUUCAUUGCUGAUGAAGACGUACGACUUACCUUGCUUCCGUCCCAUCAAGAGGUUUUGGGUAACCUAGGGACUGAGCUGCUCUGAGCCAAAGUGGGGCUCAUGAGACUAACAGUAUUGAUCGUGGAAGGUGCAGGCAUAAUAAAUGCCAGUUGUAAAAGAAGCAUGCACAUUAGAGUUCAAACGGGACCGAAAUGGGUGCGUUGACCUCGUCACAGUGGCUCACUCAUCUUGAUUUGCACUGUGGAGUGAUUGUGACUUACAGGCCCACACGUAAUAGCCUACUCGCAGAUCUACAGAUAGGACAUUUGUUAUCAUUUAGCCGGUGAGGACUUUGAGUCGUGCAGAGAGCUCACGGCUUUGUGUAGAAUAGAAGAGGGGUUUGAGUGCUGCGGGAUACUCAAUCCACUAGGCAAGGCUUGGACUUUAUUAGUUUCUAAAUUAUUGAAGUGGUCCAGGCUGGGCCUUACAGGUUACAGGGAAGCGCGUAAAAAACAGACGGACUGCCGAGAGGAUGCCGCGAUUUGUUAGCAAAAACAACAAUGCACAGGAAUAAUUUCAAAUGUAAUGUAAUUUUCCCUAAAUUGAAAUGAUAAUAACAUCUGAAUGUUGGAUUGAGUGCUGUGCGAUAUGGAGAAAAUGUUAAAUCCUGAUAACGACAUACAGUGGUGCGAGGAUACCUUGACAUAUGAUUGCUUUUUUUAUUUUUUGUUUUGACUUGUGAGCAAAAAUUGGAGAUACCAAUUGCAGAUUUAUUUUUUGGGCUCCAAUAGCUUCAGUCCAACCUUUGAGGAUUAUCAUGACCUGGAAGACUGAGAAUCUACACGGACAUAAAGGAAAAACAGUAUUUAGCAAGCACAUUGGUAUUUUUUAUUGAUAUUGUGACAGUAAGUUAACAAUGACUUGGGCAGUUACGCUAUUGGGCUAGCAACACUGCUGUUGUACUGUGUGUCAUCACGUAAGGAAUGAAUCUUGUCCAAUCAAAUCUGUUAUAUGCACAACCUACUUUUGGAUUUGGCAAAACUGGUCUCAGCACUUCUACCGGUUCGGGUUAAUGGGCGGUAACAAAACAACUGUCGGGACCUGAAACGUCUACAAUGUCUUUUUUUAACACAAGUUGUCACCACAGAGCCACCAAACAUGACAAUAUUUGACGUCUAGGCUUCGUUCUUGUUUACAUAUAUCAUACCCGAUUUGUAUAACUAAAUGAUAUACGUGUAUUUAACUUUUUUCUGAAGACAGCAGCCAUAAGGAAAACAAAAUGUUAGCAAGUCCGGCUUCAAACAAUCAUCUCAUCAAACUGAAGCCAUGUUCGUUAGCAUAGUUUACACAAAAUGUCCGUUAUCCCGUGUUUUGGGUUUGGUCACAUGACAUUCCACAUAUAGCGGAUUGCUCAGUCUGAACUAACUUUUGUAUAGAUCGUAAUAUCGCACAGCACUAUCUCAUGGCACUCUGUGUGGCGGCAAAUUAUCGAAUUUGAAUAAUUAUUUAUUGACUGCAAAUCAUGUAUCUAUGCCAGCAAUGUGUAGUGAUGAGCAGAACAAUUAAAUGCUCUUCCACUACAUGGCAGAAGGUACAAUUAACCCGCUGUUAGCAUUUGUACAACAAUAGUAGCUUGAUGUUCAAGUAAACAUGCCUGGAUUUCACACUGAGGACAGUUGUGAGUCAGUUCAGACUAGAUCAUCAUAGCUUCAGUAGAUUUUGUGACGUGUUUGGUGGCGGUGUGCCGGGAGAUGUUUCUCAUGUAAAAUAUGUGCCUUGGGUGGCUCAUGAAAGGUUGGGAACCAGCAGAUUAGAUCAGGACUACAGUUGCCGCUGUUGACCUGAGUGCGUCACGCGGCUACUUUCCCUUUAAGAAAGCGGAGCCCCGGGUUUGCCUCCUCCCCGUUUUCCGCUCCCUCUCACUCAGGCUCUCCACUCCAUAUGGCUUCCUUUCGUCGUCUGGGCUGUCGGCAGCAGCGGCGGCAACAACGGGCCGCUCGCCAUCACGCCGGAGGGCGGAGACAGCGCAAAUAGUAGUUAAUAGUAGCGGUAUAGUAAUAGUAGUAAGGCAGCUUCCUGAUGGGGCGGCGGCGGAUCUGGAGGGGGCCGACAUCUUGACAUCCGGACUUCCCUCUUGCAGAGUCGUCGCUCGGUCUGUCUCUCCGUCCAUCCGUCCGUCCGUCCAUCCAGCCUCGCCUCUCUCUCAUCAAUCCAACGGUGCAGGACCCGCUUGCUCGUCGGCCGGCUACCACAAGGCGGAUGAUGAGAUGUCCGGCACCACGUCGCAGGCGGAGCCCGUAGACGCCACGGCGCGUGGCGUGCUGCUCAACCGGCCCCAGACCACCAAGUUCUGUGACAACCACGUCAGUACCACCAAGUAUGGCGUCCUCUCAUUUCUGCCCCGGUUCAUGUACGAGCAGAUCCGGAGGGCAGCCAACGCCUUCUUCCUGUUCAUCACACUCAUGCAGCAAAUCCCUGACGUCUCGCCAACCGGCCGCUACACCACACUAGUGCCGCUCAUCUUCAUCCUCACCGUGGCCGGCAUCAAGGAGAUCAUCGAGGACUACAAAAGACAUAAAGCGGACAACACGGUCAACAAGAAGACGACCACAGUGUUACGUAACGGAGCUUGGCAGACCAUCAUCUGGAAGCAGGUGGCAGUAGGAGACAUAGUGAAGGUGACCAAUGGCCAGCACCUCCCAGCUGACAUGGUUAUUGUGUCGUCCAGUGAACCUCAGGCCAUGUGCUACACGGAGACCUCCAACCUUGAUGGUGAAACCAACCUGAAGAUCCGGCAGGGACUUUCACUCACAGCCGGCAUCCAGACGCUGGAGGACCUGAUGUCCUUAUCCGGUGUCUUGGAGUGCGAAGGUCCCAACAGACAUUUGUAUGACUUCACAGGCACGCUGCGGCUGGAAAACCAAAAAGCUGCUCCUCUGGGCCCAGACCAGGUCCUGCUGCGUGGCGCCCAGAUCCGAAACACUCAGUGGGUCGUGGGAAUUGUCGUCUACACCGGCCACGACUCCAAACUCAUGCAGAACUCCACUAAGGCUCCCCUGAAGCGAUCCAACGUGGAACGGGUGACCAACAUGCAGAUCCUGGUGCUGUUCGGCAUCCUGCUGGUCAUGGCUUUGGUCAGCUCGGUGGGAGCCGCCAUCUGGAACAGGCAGUAUACCGAGGAGGCUUGCUGGUACCUGUCCCGACAUGGUGACAUCUCCACUAACUUUGCGUACAACCUGCUGACGUUCAUCAUCCUGUACAACAACUUGAUCCCCAUCAGCCUGCUGGUCACCCUGGAGGUGGUCAAGUUCACACAGGCCCUCUUCAUCAACUGGGAUGUGGAGAUGUACUACGCCGAGACGGACACGCCGGCGAUGGCUCGAACGUCCAACCUAAAUGAGGAGCUGGGCCAGGUGAAGUAUCUGUUUUCUGACAAGACAGGAACGCUCACCUGCAACGUUAUGCACUUUAAGAAGUGCACCAUAGCAGGAAUCACUUAUGGCCACUUCCCCGAUCUCGACUGCGAUCGUUCGAUGGAGGACUUCAGCAAUCUCCCAUCCAGCAGCAACAACUCGACCGAGUUUGACGACCCGGCUCUCAUCCAGAACAUCGAAAAAGGCCACCCGACAUGCCCUCAGAUCUGCGAGUUCUUGACCAUGAUGGCCGUGUGCCACACGGUGGUGCCCGAGCGCGACAACAACCAGAUUAUCUACCAGGCCUCCUCACCUGAUGAGGGCGCUCUGGUCAAGGGGGCCAAGGGUCUCGGCUUCAUCUUCACCGCCCGGACGCCGGAUUCGGUCAUCAUCGAGGCCAGAGGGAAGGAGAUGAGUUACCAGCUGCUUAAUGUGUUGGAGUUCUCCAGUAAUCGCAAGCGCAUGUCCGCAGUGGUGAGGACCCCCAACGGGAGGCUCAGGCUCUAUUGCAAAGGAGCGGAUAAUGUGAUCUUUGAACGUCUGACUGAGGACUCCCAGUACAAAGAGUUGACCAUCGCUCACCUGGAGCAGUUUGCCACGGAAGGCCUGAGGACUUUGUGUUUCGCCUACGUGGACCUACAGGAGGACGCCUACCAGGAGUGGCUGAAGGAAUACAACCGCGUCAGCACCGUGCUCAAAGACAGGGCGCAGAAACUGGAGGAGUGCUACGAACUACUGGAAAAGAACCUGCUACUGCUGGGCGCCACCGCCAUAGAGGACCGCCUCCAGACGGGCGUCCCCGAGACCAUCGCUACGCUGAUGCGGGCCGACAUCAAGAUCUGGGUCCUGACCGGGGACAAGCAGGAGACGGCCAUCAACAUCGGGUACUCGUGCCGACUGGUGACACACGGGAUGUCCCUUAUCAUCGUCAAUGAGGACUCCCUGGAUGUGACCCGCUCCACCCUGACCGCCCACUGCUCGUCCCUGGGGGACUCCCUGCGGAAGGAGAACGAGCUGGCGCUGAUCAUCGACGGCCAGACCCUCAAGUAUGCGCUGUCCUUCGAGCUGCGGCAGGCCUUCCUGGACCUGGCCCUGUCGUGCAAGGCAGUCAUCUGCUGCCGAGUAUCGCCGCUGCAAAAGUCCGAGAUCGUGGACAUGGUGAAGAAGCACGUGAAGGCCAUCACGCUGGCCAUCGGCGACGGCGCCAACGACGUGGGCAUGAUCCAGACGGCCCACGUGGGCGUGGGCAUUAGUGGCAACGAGGGCAUGCAGGCCACCAACUCCUCGGACUACUCCAUAGCGCAGUUCUCGUACCUGGAGAAGCUGCUGCUAGUGCACGGCGCGUGGAGCUACAACCGCGUCACUAAGUGCAUCCUCUACUGUUUCUACAAGAACGUGGUGCUCUACAUCAUCGAGCUGUGGUUCGCCUUCGUCAACGGUUUCUCAGGCCAGAUCCUGUUCGAGCGCUGGUGCAUCGGCCUGUACAACGUGAUAUUUACGGCCCUGCCUCCGUUCACUUUGGGCAUCUUUGACCGGCCGUGCAGCCAGCAGAACAUGCUCCGCUUCCCUCAACUGUACCGGAUCACCCAGAAUGCCGAGGGCUUCAACACCAAGGUGUUCUGGGGUCACUGUAUCAACGCACUGAUUCACUCGAUUAUUCUCUUUUGGUUUCCCCUCAAGAUGUUAGAGCACGACUCUCCCUUCAAAAACGGCCAGGGCAACGACUACCUUUUUGUUGGAAACAUGGUCUACACGUACGUCGUCGUCACAGUGUGUCUGAAAGCUGGGAUGGAGACCACCGCUUGGACCAGGUUCUCCCACCUGGCCGUCUGGGGAAGUAUGCUCCUGUGGCUGGUCUUUUUCGGGGUCUACUCGGCCAUCUGGCCCACCUUCCCCAUGGCCCCCGACAUGCUGGGCCAGGCUGGCAGUGUGUUGCAGUGCUGGUACUUCUGGCUAGGUCUGCUCCUGGUGCCCGCCGUCUGUUUACUCAAGGACUUCGUUUGGGCGGCGAUGCGUCGCUCCGUGAGGAAGACGCUGCUUGAGGAGGUGCAGGAGCUGGAGGCACGCGCCGUGGACCCGGGUGCGGCGGUGCUGAGGGAUGCCAGCGGACGCAGUCUAAACGAACGUGCCCAUCUGCUGACAAGAGUCUUUAGGAAGACGUCCUCCAGCAUCGGACGCUCCAACUCGUUGCAGCAGCCCGUGACGCACGGCUACGCCUUCUCCCAGGAGGAGCACGGCGUGGUGUCCCAAUCGCAGGUCGUGCGCUCGUACGACACCACCCGCCAGCGGCCCAGCAUCUAACUCCCACCCCCGCCCGUCAAACACCAUCCCAUCCCCCCCUGUGAGCUGUCACUGUGGCAACGGGACUACAAGCCUAUGGAUUAUUCCGGACUAUCAAAACAUAAGCUAUCAUACGCCACGCACAAGCACCGCAAGUCAGAGACUACUCGGGAAGCCUGAUUGGUGCGUUCCACUGUAUCCUUCUGUGCAUGUGUGUGUGUUGUGCGUCCGCAUGUGUUACCCCCCCUCGCCCUUCAGUCAUCACAUGAAGGGAAUGGUGAAGGCGAGGGGGACGUCCAAAUAAACACGCACGGAUGAAUUCCAUUCCGAGCGCUGCCAAACACCACAGGAGAUGCGACUAGGCAGAAGGCUCGGACCCCCCGCCCCGCCCCGCCCGACUAGUGGAGCAUCCAUCUUCCUUAUCGGCUCACUUCCUAUCUGUCCCGUCUCAACUACUGGACCUUUUUUUUUAUGUUUUCUUUUUUUCAGUUUUUUUUUUACUCAAAUGUCCGAGAGAAGAAAUACUUGACCUUGUAUGGCAAGCGGUUUGAGCAUUUAUUUGAUAUUCUACUCGAGCACUGAAAUGUCCCUGUACUAGUAUGCUCUUUGUCCUCGCCAGUAAGACAAUUCAGCACACGAGUAGAGCGAUUAGGGUGAACUAGCAAAACAAGUAUGUCUUACUAGUCGAGCUGGGCAAAUACAGAUGCCAUCCUUAUUUCAAGGUAUCGGGUACUCUUGAAGACUGCAGCCAAGAGCGUCUGCCUCACAGUUCUGAGGACUGUGUGGAGUUUGCAUGUUCUCCCCGUGCCUGCGUGGGUUUUCUCCGGGCACUCCGGUUUCCUCCCACAUCCCAAAAAACAUGCAUGGUAGGUUAAUGGACGACUCUAAAUUGCCCGUAGUUGUGAAUGUGUAUGUGCCCUGCGAUUGGCUGGCAACCAGUUGAGGGUGUACCCCGCCUCCUGCCCGAUGAUAGCUGGGAUAGGCUCCAAGCACGCCCGCGACCCUAGUGAGGAGAAGGAGCUCAGAAAAUGGAUGGAUGGAUAUGUACAUAUACAUGACAUCAAGUAAGUCCUCCUCGCCAGUAGUUGGCACUGCACUGUGGCGGUUCGACGCGUUGGCGAAUCAUCGUGCAUCGGAAAAGGAAAAGAUGUCUUUUUUUCCACAAUUAUCUGUCGUUGUGUUCAUUGAAAUAUAAAGUAUCAAAAGUACUAGUGGUAUCGGUGAGUACUCAAGAUUGAAUACUCAUACUGGUAUGAGUCUAUAAAAAAGUGAUAUCAAACAUCCCUUGUAACAACUGUCUUUAUAGUGCUGUUUUUUUACCAUUACUGUAUUACAUUUCUGCGCACUAGUAGAAUGACCAAAGCGCAGUUGUAGAACCAGCAUACUAGUCGAACGCCUAGGGUGCACUAGUGGAAUGACUGUCUUACUAGUCUUUUUUUUUUUGUCAACUAGGAUACAGUUUUGCCUCUCUAGUAACGUGGAGUUUUGCUACCAGUGCACCGUAAUUGUUGUACUAGUGUGCUGUGUUGUCACACUGUAGUGGAAAAAAACAUCACUGGUAAAACAGCUGUUGGUAAAACAGACAAUUCAUUGCACUAGUAGGAUAUUGAAUAAAUGCUGAGACUGCUUUCCACGGCGCGAGCGCUAGUAUGCAUCCAAAACGAGAAGAAGGGAUUUCCACGGAGACGCUCACCCAUCGUGUUUUUUUUUUGUUUGUUUGUUUUUGUAAAUUUGGCGUCUUGUGCUCUGCUUGUGGAAUGCGAGAACGCCGGCUUGUAUCGAGGGGAGGGAUUGUCCCGUCCAAGUCUUAAUCAUUAAAUCCAAUCAAUCCCAAAAACACGUCUGCCUCCUGUCUGCUGU